AUGUCAGUUCAACUCACAGCGCCCAAUGGCAUCCCCAGACGCUCUGGAGCAGCGCUGGGGUUUCCUAGCGACCUGGUGCCGGGUGCUGAAGGGCCGGAUCAGCUACGAAUGGCCCGUGUACGACGAGGAAGUACAGCGCUGCAGCAGAUCACCGCCCUAGAUAAAACCCUCCAACCUGGAAAACCUGGCGUCGACGUGGAAAUUCCCGUUCGACUGUGGUUUCACAUUGAACAAGCCAAAGAAAUGUCGCCUGAGCCGCUGGAGGGGAUCCAGCGAGCCGAAGAUCUAUAUCGACUGCACUGGGAGAAGUACGAGCGGAGUUCAACUUUGCAGGAGGUGGAGGCAGGGUCGAUUCGAUGCACAUUUGUGCUGGAGCCUCUGAUGGCGGACUUUAAUGACCACUCGAUCACUGAGAUGGUGCUGGAAGAAGUGGAGCUUAUGGUGCGCGAGAACGUUUGGUUCUCCCAACUGGCGCUGUGGCUGACUGUGGACCGCGAUCCGAGGGUUGGUGAAACUGAUGAACCGAUCUCAGCGCUGCUCUUUCGGAAGUUGAUGGCUCGAGUGUUUGACAGUAACCGGCGCUCGUACGAGCUUGCGAAUACGAAGUACCGCGAGGGAAUUUUCUAUAGUGACGAAGGAUUAAGACCGCUACAGCUCGGAACAGUUCAUUUGGAAUGCGCUUCUUGGCUCCAUGCUCGUGACGUGGAAGCAAUGUGCUCCGCGAUGGCGGUUAACCAGACAACGAAAAAGCUCUCGUUGCGUUUGGAUAUGAAUCCAGAGGAAACUGAUAUGAGCCGCCAAUGGUGGAAAUGGCUGGCGUACGCUUUAUUCUCCAAGCGAGCACGGACAAGAUCAUCGCUUGAGUCGGUGGCAUUCAUCUUCGUCGAGACGCUAAGUGCUGCCGACAUGGAGGCUGUUGCGUCGAUUUUGGCGUCUGAACAUCCCGAAGAAGAACUCUGCGGUCUCCCUCGCGGUGCAAUUGAUGAACGAGAUGCAACAUUAAAGGAUACCGCGCAGAUCUACGCUGCGUUGAACGACGGAGAUCAACCGUCACGUGAUUCUCCCAUCGAGGUGACAUUUGCGAUGCGAUCUGUCCGAUGCUUCAGCGACGAUGGUGUGAGCGAACUGGUCAACGUUCUUGUUCCUGGUUUUGGUCGGUGCUUAGUCCAGCGUACUGAUCUAAUAUUUCAAGAGAUGAAGGAAAAACCCAGCAAAUAUUGCGGCGUGACUUCUCUCAAGAUUGGAUUUGACAAAGACGAAGAUGGUUUCAUUGGUGAAAUCCCUAUAGUUUCAAACGGGUUGUCUCGCCUUUUGGGGCUCAUUGGUUCACAGUUGAAAGAUUUGACGAUCGACGGACCGAGGGAAGCGGUGGAUGAAAAUGCCAUCCUUCAGAGCUGUCCCAAGCUCGAGGAGCUUGUUCUGUGCGAAUAUUUUGCCGACGUACGACUCAACUUCAGCGAGUUUCAGACGAGUGGUCAACCACUCCCUACGCUAAGCUGUCAUUGGAAUGAUAUUGUCGCUCUGUCAGCAGACUUGAGUGACCAGAACAACCCGUUGGCCAAGUCCGUGCGUCGACUGAGAGUGCGGUUGAUGAACCGACCGCUUGGUUGGGGUGCCAUUCCGAUGGCGUACGACGCGAUCAAUCUCGACGACCAUGUCCAAGCUCUUCUACAAAUGCUGGAGGUUAACAGAAGCAUCGAGUAUCUCGACGUCGUCGCGGCCGACGUGCAGGAAUACGCUGACGACUUCAAAAGGCAUAACCACCAGCCGACGAAUCGAUCAACCAAGUUAGUCAUGGAAAUGAAGGCUGCUUUUCUGAGCGUGCUUUCGUUUGGAAAGUCGCAGCAGAGCAAAAGGCACAAGUCGUCGCAGACUCAACCGGCGCUCCCUGAGCUGGACCAGCUCAUCGUGUCCAACAUUUUCGUUCUGGCUGCAACUCCAAUCUUCCGAGAAGUACGCUUUCGUCAGCCUUGCGAUAACGCUGUUACAGAAGAGCGCUUUCAGCUGCACAUCUAG